CAUUUUAGUUCUUGAGACCAAAACUUGUAAAAGGGUUUGAAAAAGUCAGAUUACGAAACCCUAGUUCUCUCUCCGGCGAAAACCAUGGUGGCGCAAAACAGUCGGCGGGAGCUUCUAGCAGCUUCCCUGAUCCUAACUUUAGCUCUAAUUCGUCUAACGGAAGCAAACUCCGAAGGGGACGCUCUUCACGCGCUUCGCCGGAGCUUAUCAGAUCCAGACAAUGUUGUUCAGAGUUGGGAUCCAACUCUUGUUAAUCCUUGUACUUGGUUUCAUGUCACUUGUAAUCAACACCAUCAAGUCACUCGUCUGGAUUUGGGGAAUUCAAACUUAUCUGGACAUCUAGUACCUGAACUUGGGAAGCUUGAACAUUUACAAUAUCUGUAUGGAAUCAUCACUCUUUUGCCUUUUGAUUAUCUGAAAACAUUUACAUUAUCAGUCACACAUAUAACAUUUUGCUUUGAGUCAUAUAGUGAACUCUACAAAAACGAGAUUCAAGGAACUAUACCUUCUGAGCUUGGAAAUCUGAAGAGUCUAAUCAGUUUGGAUCUGUACAACAACAAUCUCACCGGGAAAAUCCCAUCUUCUUUGGGAAAAUUGAAGUCACUUGUUUUUUUGCGGCUUAACGAAAACCGAUUGACCGGUCCUAUUCCUAGAGAACUCACAGUUAUUUCAAGCCUUAAAGUUGUUGAUGUCUCAGGGAAUGAUUUGUGUGGAACAAUUCCAGUAGAAGGACCUUUUGAACACAUUCCUAUGCAAAACUUUGAGAACAACCUGAGAUUGGAGGGACCAGAACUACUAGGUCUUGCGAGCUAUGACACCAAUUGCACUUAAAAAGAAGUUGAAGAACCUAUAAAGAAGAAUGUUAGGUGACCUUGUAAGAACUCUGUACCAAGUGUUUGUAAAUCUAUAUAGAGCCUUGUUUCAUGUUAUAUAUGAAAGCUUUGAGAGACAGUAACUUGCAAUGUAUUGGUAUUGGUAGAAAAAGUUGAAAUGAGAAUUGCUUUGUAAUUGGAUUUGUGUUUCUUAUGUAACUUGAAUUUUCUUAUUAAAGAAUCAUAUGAGUUUCAAG